GUUUAACAAGCACGUUUACAUUGCCAUUGAAUACUUACCCCUAUAUAUAUGCCCGUCAGGAUGCAUUCAGAUGGAACUAAUCACAACCUCGGACACCAAUAUCAGAAAAUACACAUAAAAUAACACUAAGCUAUUAUAACCGGUCUCGAAUAUGUUUCCUAACAGCAAUACCGAGAGCCACUCUGGCGACUUAUCUUCUAGUUGCUCUUCGCGCAGCUCUUUUGUCACCAUCCUCUCUGGCGGCACAGAUGCCCCGGAUGUCGAUGCUGGGAUAGUAUCACUUGUCAACUCUCUCGUAGGCCGCGAAGUUAGGUUUUCGGAACAAUCAGAAGAGGCUAAUGAGAUUCGUGGAGUGAUUCUCCAUCAAAUGGCGAAUCUUCUCCAUCUGUUGGACUUGGAAGGUACUUUGCCUCCUAACAACGAUGACGAUUCGGGGACUGCUGAUAGACGGGUCCAAAGCAUCCCCUUGGGCCGCGCAACCGCAAAAGGUUGGAUCAAGAAACUUGGCCGCGCAUGGACUAGAAACUCGGCAGUUUCUUCGCACCUCUUGAGGUUUGAAGAGCUAUACCCUGACUGGGACUCUAAAGACAACUAUAAGCUUGCGCGGGUUUCAGAGAUGGUUUUCCAUGAUCUACAUUCAGUCCUGCAAGAUCUUCAACAGUUGUUUAACGAAUUUCCUGAUACUUCGGAUGAAGAAGACUUUGAAGUGGAGGAUGUCGACCUUCUGAACCCCUUUUUGAGCGAUGACGAAAAUGAAUUGAGCGAUGAUGAACCAGAAAGCGGCGGCAAGCCGAUGUGCGAACUGCAUGGUCCUUACUACGAGGAGAACCGGCUGAAUUAUCUGGAGUCGGAAUUUACUGAUGAUGAGAUACAUGAUCUUGCAAUAUCUCGACUUCAUAUAGAUGACAGUUCUGACCUGGAAGAAGUCUUCUAAUUAAGUUAGGUACCUAAAUAUCUACAGUUAGUCGUCCUUUGAUGCUUACACUCGUAAGACUUUAGUUUUGUUACUUGAUAAUCUACAGAAUUUUUAAAACUUACUACUACAUUGUUCCUAGGUGAUUGAAAUAUGAUAACUUCGCUAGAUGUCUCAAGUGACUGGUAUAUGUUGAUAAAAAUUGGCCCAGAUUUG